AUGUUGCCUUCAGAUAAAUUGGUUGCCUUAGGUUUGAUCAGGAUGCUUGACUUUGCCCCACGAGUCUUAGGGGUACUCAGACCGUGCGGAGCGAGGAAUGCGGAUCAGGCUGACCAAAUGUCUCUUGAAUCCUGCGAGGAUGCAGCUCGAGUCAACUAUAUGUUACUGCGACUUGCGAGUAUGUGUCACAAAUGUGACACGAGGAAUUGA